CGGCCAAUCGUCUACACGGGACGAGCAUUAAGUGUCACGCCAAGCUCGUCGCUGCUCCCACUCCCGGUCCCGUCCCAACUUUGGUGCGGUCGCUCUUAGCUGUCUCCCUCCAAGAUGGAGAAGUCGAAAAACUUUCGCAUCGACGCGCUGUUGGCGGCGGACACCCCGAAAGUGCAGACCUCCCCGCUGGCCCUGGUCACGUCGCCUGGAAGCGGCGGCGGCGGAGCUGGAACCGGAACCGGAGCGGCCAGCACCAACGCAUCCUCCGAGCUCAACCCCGGGGACGCUCUGCGCGCUGAGACGCCGUCCCCUCCGCGGAUCUCCGCCCACGGCCUCAUUCCAAAGCCCGGCUUCCUGAGCGGCCCUCACGGCGGCGGCGCCGGCGGAGGGAUCCCCGCUCAAGCGCUCUACGGCCACCCCAUGUACGCAUACUCGGCGGCCGCGCUGAGCGCUCAGCACCCGGCGGCCUUGUCCUACGCGUCGUACCCGCCGCCGCACGGCCACCACCAGCAUCAGCAUCAGCAGCACCAUCACCACCAGCAGCACCAGCACCAGCACCACCACCACCACGACCCCAUCAAACUGACAGCCAGCACCUUCCAGCUGGACCACUGGCUGCGGGUGUCCACCGCCGGGAUGAUGCUGCCCAAAAUGGCAGACUUUAACUCCCAAGCGCAAUCCAACCUGCUGGGCAAGUGCAGGCGGCCGAGGACAGCGUUCACCAGUCAACAGCUGCUGGAGCUGGAGCACCAGUUCAAACUCAACAAGUACCUGUCUCGACCCAAACGCUUUGAGGUGGCCACCUCCCUCAUGCUCACCGAAACGCAGGUGAAGAUCUGGUUCCAGAAUCGUCGCAUGAAGUGGAAGCGGAGCAAGAAGGCCAAGGAACAAGCGGCGCAGGAGGCCGAGAAGCUGAAGGGCGGAGGCAAGGGCGCGCACGGCGGCAACAAGGGCGAGCAAGACGGCGACCAGUCGGAUUAUGAGGGCGGCAAGACGACGAUGGGCAAAAACGGCAGGAUACGAGACUUGAAGGACAGCGACGACGAAGGCGACCGCUUUCUCUACAACUCCUCCGAGUGUUCCUCGGAUGACGAGCGCAAUCGGACCUGCGAGCUCAGCCCGCAAACUUGAGUGCGCGGAGGACUUUGCAUGGAGAGACUUUUUAUCAUUGACAUUUUUAGGAAAAAAAUACAGAAGCAAUUUAACACUAUACUUUGCCAACACAGGCGAGGAGCGUAAUUUGUGAUAUCAGUGGAAGUAAAAAAGUGCAGAGAAGCCCAAAAACAUUUCUAUUACCAUUGAAAUGUUACUAUCAAAUCUAACCAACCAAUUAAGUAUGUCACUUGCCAGGUAACCUGUAAUUCUUUGCCAACAUAAUACGACAC